GUUUAAUGUUGGGGAGUCUCGAGCAGACGGUGAUAGUUACUCUCAGAGCCGCAGCAGUUAUAAAUAUUACUGCGGAUUUAUUCACUUUCUUCACUAUUUACAUUUUACUCUAAAGCUGUCGUUUCUUACAGGCACCAUAGAGGCCCGGAAACAGCCGAGAAUGCCUAACAUCAAGAUUUUUAGCGGUAGUUCGCAUACAGAUUUGUCUCAAAAAAUCGCUGACCGACUGGGACUGGAACUGGGGAAAGUGGUCACUAAGAAAUUCAGCAACCAGGAAACAUGUGUCGAGAUCGGCGAGAGCGUGCGCGGAGAAGACGUCUACAUCGUCCAGAGCGGGUGCGGUGAGAUUAACGAUAAUCUGAUGGAGUUAUUAAUCAUGAUAAACGCCUGUAAAAUCGCCUCAGCGUCCCGAGUGACGGCCGUCAUCCCCUGCUUCCCCUACGCCCGGCAAGACAAAAAGGAUAAGGUGGGGAGUCGAGCUCCGAUCUCCGCCAAGCUGGUCGCCAACAUGCUGUCCGUCGCCGGAGCCGAUCACAUCAUCACCAUGGACCUGCACGCCUCUCAGAUACAGGGGUUUUUCGAUAUCCCGGUGGAUAACCUGUAUGCUGAGCCAGCUGUUCUCAAGUGGAUUAAAGAGAACAUUAACGAGUGGAAGAACUGUACCAUCGUCUCUCCUGAUGCUGGAGGUGCCAAAAGGGUGACGUCCAUCGCCGAUCAUCUGAACGUGGAUUUCGCCCUCAUCCAUAAAGAGAGGAAGAAGGCCAACGAGGUGGACCGCAUGGUUCUGGUGGGGGACGUGAAGGACCGAGUCGCCAUCCUGGUGGACGACAUGGCGGACACCUGCGGGACGGUCUGCCACGCGGCCGACAAGCUGGUGUCCGCCGGGGCGACCAAAGUCUACGCCAUUCUGACCCAUGGGAUUUUCUCCGGUCCGGCCAUCUCUCGCAUAAACAGCGCCAACUUCGAGGCAGUGGUGGUGACCAACACCAUUCCUCAGGAGGACAAGAUCAAACAGUGCAGCAAGAUCCAGGUGAUCGACAUCUCCAUGAUCCUGGCCGAGGCGAUCCGGCGGACCCACAACGGCGAGUCCGUGUCCUACCUGUUCAGCCACGUACCCCUAUAACCGGCGCCGUGUAUCUCCAGCGCUCCGUUCGUCCGCCGUCCUCUCUCCCAGUGCUGUCUAGAGUAAAAACAUAGAACCUGAGUGUGCGCACCUCGUACCCUUGAAGCGUAUCUUCCAUACCAGAUAUUCCUCAUAUAUAGUAUGUUUUACGACAUGCAAGUGAACCCGAAAUCUGCUUUGUUUUAGUUCUGUGCUGGAAUCACCAGGCUUAGACCCAGCACACACCCCUACCAAAAAACGAGCAGACUGCUCCAGGCUAAUCAGCACGUUUCAGAACGAAUGUUCUGCGUACGUUAUUUGCGUCCAUUAUAUUUGACCUGAACGGGUCAGGACUGUAGAUACGGCAGCUGUUAAUCGUUCUAUCGUUUCCUCCGUAUCGAAGAUUCAGGUGAUUUUAAAUGCACUAGCGUAGCGUGCAGGCUCUAUUUUUGUAUACGAGUCUGGAUUCGUUGUGUUCGAUGAUGGCGUGAUUUUGUGUUCCGUGUUUUAUGUUUACACGACGUUCCAGGGCGGAUCCGUUGGCAAGUGCCUUUUAUCGACUCUGUGUUCCCCGAGUCUCUGGCGUCCGCGUUUGACAUAUAAUUUCAUCCGUCCUAAAUGUUGAAUGUGUUUCAUGUGAACGAGCUACUGAGUUCAGAAUCGUCUUGCUGAGCCGAAGCCAGUUAGCAUGGCCGGAGCAUUUAAAAUCAUCAUUAUAAUCAGCAUGAACCCUGACUGAAUGCUAAAUAAUACAUACAAUAAAUCUCAGAUUCCUGAAUGAA